GGAUGUAAAGCCUUUCAACUCUUUUCCAAAUCCACGGACCACGCUCCUUUAAGGCUUUUCCUCUACCUUCGUUAGAAAACCCAAAGCCCUCAGAAACCCUAAAUCAAUUCCGUUCAUUCACUUUGAAUUCUCUCCCUGACUUCACAGUGCAAGAAUCAUAACCAUGAAUUUCUUGUCCAGAGUCAAAAUACCACACCAUCUUUUGAUCACUUCUCCUGUACCAAGAAAAUGCCUCUUUUCACUUCGCCCUAUCUCUUGCUCCCAACAAUCCUAUAGAACUGGCACGGAUACUACUUCUAAUAGUAAACUGAAAGUCCAAGAACCCAAGAAACCCAGCACCCAGAAAUAUUCAGAAUCAUCUUUGAGUUGGUCUCAGAGGGUCAAGAAACAAGCAGAGACGCUGGCUGUUUGGCCAAGGCCAACUGAGAUCCCAUAUCAAGCAAAGGUUGCUAAUUCUGUGAAUUUGAUUGGCUAUGUAAAGACUCCGGUUCGUUUUGAGUCUACGCCUGAUGGAAAACACUGGGCUGUAACGGCAAUUUCUCAAGAAAAUGGUAAUGAUAACAAGUCUUCGUUGAUUCCGAUAGUGUUUGAGAGUGACUUGGCUCAUGUGGUUGCUUGCCAUGUGAAGGAGAAUGAUUGUGUUUAUGUGGCCGGGCAGUUGAGUGUGGACCCUUUGCCGUUGGUGUUGAGUGAGAGUCUUGGUAAGUAUCAUGUUGUGGUUCAAAAUCUUAAUUUUGUGGAGGGAUUGAAAAAGAGUCUUGCGACCAAGAAAAAAGGGGUUUCAACGGUUGAGGAACCUGUUAAUAAAUGGGGCGCUAUGAAAAAGGAGGUGUCAGUUGUUUCAGAUGAUGGUGAUUCUACGGCGGAGGAUGACGAAACUCUAAAUCGGGAACGGAGAGAUGCAUUAGAACAUGCGAAAAAUUCAAGGUCUUUGGGCAUGAAGAAUGAUGAUGGCUCAAUCAGGGGUUCUAAGGCAGCCGCGACACCGGAAGCUGCUGCAUUCGAGGACAACAGGGAAAGAGUAUUUGGGAACGAGUCUAAACCAGAAAAAGGUAAUGUGAAGAGCGGAGAGAUUGCUAGCAAGAAAAGAAAUGGAGAGACGAACUUCGAUUCUUGGAGGGAUCUUGUGAAAAAUCCUGAACAGUGGUGGGAUUUUCGCCAACACAAGUCUAAUGGAUUGGUUAAAGAAAAGCACCCAGAUUUUAAGCACAAGGAGAGUGGUGACGGACUCUGGGUCGACAAUGCUCCAAAAUGGGUAUUAGCAGGGCUUGGAAAGUUGGAAUUUGAUGUUAUGGUUUUUCGUGCAAAGCAAGUGCAAUAUGGUCAAGGGAUUAAACGAGAUGGAAAAGGGGAUGAUUCCUGGAAGAACUUGGUGGAAAAUCCUGAUAAAUGGUGGGACAAUAGAUCAAACAAGAGGAAUCCUAAACAACCUGACUUUAAGCACAAAGAGACAGGUGAAGUACUAUGGUUAAACAGAUCGCCAGACUGGGCAUUGUCUAGGUUGCCACCAUUGAGAGAUGGUCAAACUUCUGCUGCUGGAAAGAAGAAUGAUUACACAGGAGGGAAGCUAUGAGAGACCCUUGAAAAGGGUUCCAACCGAUUGGAGGACUUCAUAGAGUGGCAUCUUUGUUCUAUCUUAGUGUCUGAGGUUUUAACACAUGAAUGUUGAUGCUCCAUAGGGAUUGCAGAUGUUGCGGGUUUAAGAUUUGAUUCAACAACUGAAAAUCAAGAUGAAAGAAGAUGAAAGAGAAGAUGUGUUUGAAGUUCUAACUGUUUUGGUUUUUCCCUUGUGAUAUCUGCUGAUGUGGUUUAUAUUUAUUUUGUAGCUCUUUUGCGGAUUUUGUUUCAUGUUAUGCCCUUAUCAAGUACUCCAUCAAUAUUUUCCCUUUCGACGGAUUCAUUGAAUACAUUCCAUUUAUUCUGUUU